ACAAUAAGAGCGGCCAUCUUUACCCGCAGCAACAACUGCUGCUCCGGUAAAGAAAGAAAAUAAAUGCCCUGUCGGAAUUUUAUUGUAUUCUGGAUGUGUCAUCAAAGCGAACACGUUUAAUUCGGAAGCCAAACAGGCGACACCAUGACCUAGUGAUCGUCAUAAGGAGCGCUGUGGCACAAAGCAUCCUUCUCUUUUGACAGAGUGUAGUCCAAGAUUCCAGCCAGUCGUCUGCUCCGCCGUGGUAGUUUCCAGGGAGAGACCCUCGCCUCUCCCCCUGAGGAGAUAUGGAGCCCCAGGAGAGUCUGGGAGUGGAGGGCGACCCGGGCGCACUGGGGGUGCUGGUGCCGAGCCCACAGAGCGAAGCGGUGACCCAUGACCUGGAGGAAUUGUCUCUGCAGCCCACUCAGAGCCUUCCACCCAUUAAAGAGCGCAAGAAUGUGCUUCAGUUAAGACUACAGCAGAGGCGCACACGCGAGCAGCUCGCAGACCAGGGCAUCAUGCCACCGCUGAAGACACCUGCAGCUUUUCAUGGGCAGGUCAGAAGUCUGGAGAGGGCAAGGACUGAGAAUUUCCUGAAGCAUAAAAUCCGCAGCAGACCUGACCGCGCUGAACUUGUCCGUAUGCACAUUUUACAAGAAACCCACGCAGAGCCUUCUUUGCAAGCCACUCAGAUGAAACUAAAAAGAGCACGUCUAGCAGAUGACCUUAAUGAGAAGAUUGCACAGAGGCCCGGACCAAUGGAACUGGUGGAGAAAAACAUUCUGCCGGUUGACGUUGUUGGAGAACUGGAUGUUUAUAACUUCAAUGAGGACAGCAGUGAAGCUCUGUCUCCAGAACAGCCAGCUAGUCACGAGUCUCAAGGCUCUGCAUCUUCUCCCGUAGAAGCCAGACUGCCAGAUCCAUCGUCUGUUUCGCCUCCAACUGGCUCCAAACUCCAGACUUCAGACUUCUUGAACAGAACAUCAGUAGAAGAUGGUCGAGUAAUGACUUCCUCUCAGACAGUCACUGCUGCUGCUCCCACAAAGCCUGCACCCACCCUUGUGAAGCAAAGCCAGCCCAAACAGUCCGGUGACAAGAGCCGAAGCAAGAAAAGUAAAGAACCCAAACCACGAAUUAAGAAGCUCAAGUAUCACCAGUACAUCCCACCCGACCAGAAGCAGGAACCCAAUGAAGCCCCGAUGGACUCGGCAUAUGCCAGGCUGCUUCAGCAACAGCAGCAGUUCCUGCAGCUCCAGAUCCUCAGUCAACAGCAACAACAUUACAAUUACCAGGCCAUAUUACCAGCACCACUCAAGCCUGUAGCUGAGAGUCAGAACAGCUGCCCCAACAUCACAUUGAGCACCAGCCCAAAUCUUCCUGCUCCCAUUGUGGUAUCUCUGCCCAAUGCGUCUCCUUCACGUCCCAACAACAACGUGAUCGGUCGUAAAACCGGGUCUCUGCCUACCUACCUAGAUGAGAUGAAGGUGGCUGAGCUUAAAAUGGAGUUAAAAUUGCGGGGACUUCCUGUAUCAGGCACCAAAACAGAUCUCAUAGAAAGGCUUAAGGCCCACCAGGAGAGCUCUCAGUCUGCUACAACCAUGGAUGCAAACAUCUCCAAAGCUUCUCUGCAGCCUGACUGCAUGAGCACUACUCCACCCAUUUCUCCUGAGGCCUCCAACAUCAGUAUGGAGGACAGCAGAGACAGUCCCACCAAAGCUCUAUGCACACUAUCUCCAGCCCGUCCACCAACAGGUACCUCACCUUUCAAACCCACACCUGAAGACAUGACCAUGGACAUCAAGGUGUCUGAAAAAGACCAGCGCCUUCACGAGAAGGAGCGGCAGAUUGAGGAGCUCAUGAGGAAGCUGGAGCAGGAGCAGCGGCUGGUGGAGGAGCUGAAGAUGCAGCUGGAGGUGGAGAAGAGGAUUCAGCAGGGAGGAGGGCAACAGCCUGAACCCAAUCCAUCAAUCCAGGUCAAAGAGGAGAACAGAGCCUCCCCGAGCUGCAAAUCCAAGCAGAGUCCCCUGCCGCAAUCUACAGGUGGGAAACAGGAAGAGCCACAUGCCCAGCAGCACCACACCCCAGUCCAGCAGUUCUAUAUCAACACCCAGCAUGUCCCUCAAGUGCUGCAUCAGCAGACACUGAUCAAAACUCAGCCUGCAACGCAAAUCCUGCUUCCCAUCAGCCUGCCCAACAAUCCAACCAGCACACAGCAGGCUAAGACUGUUCUCCAACCAGCAAUGCCCAGUUUGGCUCAAGGCAUCAUGCAAACACCACUUCUGCAAACACAGACUUCUAGCAACACAAUGUUACAACAGCAUUCAAAUCAGCCACCAUCUCCACCUCAGGCUUUACCCCUGUGUGGAAGCUCGUCUUCUGGGUUUGAGUACAGGCAGAACCAGAGCCAGACCAUGCCAGACGUCCCCCAGUGCUUCCUCAGCAACUCGCCCAGACACACAAAUGGACCUGCUAACAAACCUCCCUCGCCCUGUCAGCUCAACUACAUCCUUCAGCCAUCGACAUUCCCAAAUCACCGCAGCCCAAAGAGCAAAGACCCACCCCGUUACGAGGAGGCCGUCAAACAGACCAGGGGGCUACAAGCCACAGUACAGGUUCCUACUGCUACCAGUCAGCACAUGGACGAUUUGUUUGACGUUUUGAUCGAGAGCGGAGAAAUAUCCCCUCUGUCCAGGCAGGAUCCUUCUCCGGACAAACUUCUUCCAGUGACAGCAAACAUCACCACCCUGCCCAUCAACACAGUGCUGUCUCGUCCUCCCCCGCAGAUACACGUUGCCCGCACGCCCACAAACCCAGACACUCCACCCAACAUGGUAGCCCUGGCCUCCGAUAACCAGUUGGAGGCUCUUCUGGAGGACGCCGAGCCAAGGACCCUGAGACUGAUGGAGGAGCUUAAAAACCAGCUGCUGGAGCGGCCACACUCGCCAAUGGACACUUCAGAUCUGACCUUCACCGACACGCCGCCCUCUGCCCUCCCUCUGCAAGACGCAGGCCUCGACAACAUGGAGUGGUUGGACCUUACGAUUGCAGGUCCUGCCGGUAUCUCCUCACCGACUGCAGUCUUUUCAUCUGAUUUCUUGGACUCCACUGAUUUACAGUUACACUGGGACUGAGCUCACCAAGGAAUGGAGAUUGGAGACGUUCUGAAAAGAUCUGCGGUCGUGUCCGAGGAUCUGCAUGCAAACCACUGAUAGCGUAGCAUCAGCUUUUCUCAAUUGCGCCUAUAUGUGCAGGAUCGUGGGUGGCUAUUGUCACAAACACCUCUUUCAAAGCAGAAGAAGAAUGUAGAGACACCUUUUUUCACGUGUGUAUUUAGACUGAGCUUCUGCUUUACAUAAUUUUGAAGCAGUCUUUGAAACUUAUGGCCUAUGUUAUUUAGAAUGUCGUUGUUUUUUUUAGGUUGGGAUAAGUUUAAUUUCUUACCUAAGACAGAACAUAUUUGAAAUGUAUUAUAUAUUUUGGGGAAAGUAAGGAUUAUAAGUACAAUCAUAGUGCCUUUGCUAUUUGCGUUGUCCAGAGACUCUGUAGUUCAAAAAGUAUUGAUUUGUUCUCAUUUGAAACUUGUUUCUUUCUUUCCAAACUCAAAAGAAAACCGUUUUGAAUCUUAUUUAGCUGUUUUUCAUCCCCAUAAAAAGUUAUGGUCCUACAAAUUUUUAAGCUCCAAAAAGGACAUAAAGGUAGCAUGUGCUUGUAAUUACACUUUUUUUUUUUUUUUUUUUUUAAGAAAUAAUUGUAAAAAAAGAAUAUGAGUAAUAGUCACGAAAGUAAUAACUGAAGAAAAAAAAUUAAUGAUUCAUAAGUGCUAUCCAGUGGUAAAAGUAGGUACUGAAGAUGUAAUAAACAUAAUAAUAACAAAGGAAAUAUUCAAAGCUUUCUGAAGCAGAAUAAUUGCUUUCUAUGAUAAACAAAGUCUUUAUUAAAUAUUCUCAAACCAUCCCAAAACAUUAAUCAGUGCAUACACUAGAAGUAGACUAGAAGUUUGACUAAAGUAUUAUUAUUAUUUCAUUAUUUUUAGCUUCUUUUUCAGUAACAUAUUUCACUAAGAUAUGUCACAAUGCAAAAGACUUUUAAUCACUUUAAACUUCAAACCUUACUGAAAGUAAGGCUUAUAAAGGCUUCAAAACUGCAUAUCAUAGAAAACGAUUCGUAUGAAUUCAUUUAAUAAUUUUCAUGCCACCUUUAUGUCGAUUUUGAGGCUUGAGCCCAUUAACUUAAAACCUUCUGAAAAACAAAAAAUCAUCGUCUUUGUUCUGUUAAGGAAAAAAAGCCAUUUGAGUUUGGAACAACAAAAUGACACUUUUGACAAUUUUACGGUUAACUAUCCUUUGCAAAUGUCAGACUUUUGAGGUGGAAACAUUGUGCCGUGGUAAUUGUUACAAAUGUGAUUUCACCUUCAUUGAAGGAACCGGUUUAGUGGCUCAUUUACAUUCAACUGCCAGGGUCAAUGAGCUGCUAUCCGUUGCGUUAGGGUACUCGAAAUCGUGGCAGCUAAAUGAUAACAUUCAAUUUCUAAACAUUCGAAACCAUCCAGUGCAUAGACUUGGAAAGGUCAGAGCCAGGUUGUUUACCAAACCCAGCAUGGGGCCAAAGAGAGGGAGGGAGAGAGGCACACAAACGCCUGACUAGGGGCCAUUAUUAUCCCUAUCAAAAGAUAGAGGGUUCGGCUCUUACAGUCUGAACUUGAACAGGGAAACAACGCUAAACAGGACCAGUGAAAUUUUCAUAUUCAGAUCAGAAUGACAUCAGAGAGCAGCUGCCGUUUGAUUGGUCAGACUCUUUACUGCAGUACAGUAGACGUUUGUUCAGGUAUAGAUGUCCUGAAGUUCACUGUAUUUGCUGAUUUUGAGCAUCUUUCUUCAUAACCACUGUAAUUUUGGUAGCUGGUAGGUAAUUUGCCUUCGUUAAUGUACCUAAACCUCAUCUUUUCUUUAUUUGUAAGAAUGAAUUUGUUUUUGGUUUUAGAUUCUUUUCUUCUAUAGAAUGUGACAAUGUAGCGUCAUCUGCUGGAACAGUUUGAAACAGGCCGAAUGAUUUUCCUAUCACCACUUCCUUCAGAUGGAUCACUAUGAAAUGUUUUUUUGUUGUUUUUUUCAGUGUUUGGCAGAUUUAAUAGCAGAUCUCUCUUUAGACACUCUGUGAAAAUAUGCCAAACAUGCCAGAUAGUGCACUUACUUGACCUUGGACUGAACCCAUUGACAAUCAGUUCCUUAUCCAAACAUGUUGUCAAAAAGAAUGUAUUUCUAUAUUUAGAAAUGUAAUUUCUAAAGGGAUGCCAUACUUCUGUCUCUGUCGGAGACCCAAAGCUUUUAAUUUUGUAAACAUGCCAUUGUACUGCAUUUGUGCAGUUCUCAUAUAUUUUUAUCACACAUUUUAUGGCUCUACAUGUAUUUUUUUUAAAGACCCGUGGAGGAAUAAAAUCCUAUCACAAGACCUUAAAUCAACCCGUAAAGGUUUGCGUACCUUUUAUGAAUAUGUUAAUUGGAGCAAUUGCUCUGUUAUGAAGAGGAAAAAAGAGAAAUCUAUAAAAUCUUACUGAUCCUUUGAAGUGCGAUGUAGAUUGUAUGCCUCAUAUUUUGCACAGUGUAUAUAUUUUUACAAUAUACAUUUUAUACAAAUGUAUUUGUGCAACUGUAAAUGUUUUGAGGUUAUAUUUGUACAUAUCUUUAUUGUGUAUAUACAGCCUUGUAUCAUUAAAAUGUUUCUGUAUUUGAAGGCAUUGAAAUGACUUGUUUUGAACUAUUUUCUGAGCGCACAUAGCCUUAUUUAGAAAAGCAAACAACACAAUAAUUGAACAAUUUACCAAAGAUAAUAUUUUUUUAACCUAACGUAAUGUACAAAACAAGAUAAAAUAAUUUUUCUUACCAUACUCCACUACAUGCAAACAGAAUCAUGCAUUUGUUAAAAGUACCGCUGAAUUCAUAAAGAUACAUUUUACACUUUUUAAGUAAAGGAACCUUUAAGGAAUAAAUUGAAGGAAACCGUUUUCAAAAUGUAAAUGUCUAAGUAGCAAAGAAUGGCUUGUAUUAAUAAUACUUUCGAAAAGUACAGCUUUCAACUAACCUCCAUUAUUUGUAACAAAAUAAAUACAGUUUUAAAUAGCUCUGCUCUUCUAACCACUAGAAUAUGGACGUUUUACUGCACCUUCUGAUCACCCCCAAAAAAUGAGAAAUGUCUAAACAUCCUUAAAUCAAGAUACAUAUAUUUAACAAGUAAGUCUGAAGAUGAUUAUAAGUCAAAUUUGGUGAAAAUCCGACCAGUUGUUUUGGAGGAGAGGCAGGUUUUCACCACAAGGUGGUGUCCUGAGUUUUGUAACAAUAUGCUAAUGUUUUGGUAAAAUAUAGCAAAGCUAAAGACAAAAAUGGCAAAACAAUGUAGGAAAGGCCGGUAUCAAUCUCUACUUGGUAUGCUGCACCGAACUUAAAGAGACAGUUGUGGUUUUGACCAAACUCUUCAAAAGUUAUAAGCAAACAUCUAAUUGUUUUCACAUCACCUGACAACUAGGUGGCGCUGUGCCCAAACUGUGCAGGUCAUGGUUGUCAUACCAAGUUUAGUUGAAAUAUAGAAAAAUAGAUAUUGCCUCUCAUACAUUUUUAUGUGCUUUUGAAUUAACUUGCUCAUCGUUCAAGGCAAUUUGUUGUCUGUUUUUUUUGGAACAACUCAAAAUGUUGGGAAAAAUGUCAUAAUGGAAAAAUACAUCAUAAGGAGCAAUCAAAUCAUCUUCAGCCAAGGAUGGUGAGGGCAGAAAAAGAACCAUUGUUGGGUUUUUCUUUUCCUUUUACAGAUUUUAUUCCUUAAAAUAAACCUGAGUCGGUUUAUUUGGACAGUUGGUGGCACUAGAGGGAUUGUCUUAAGGACUCCAAAUCUUAACUUGCAUUUAAAGUAAAUGUAUCUUGAUUUUCUACUCUAAUCUAAGACCAUUUUAAGGCCUUAAAUCGUAAAAGACCUCUGCUUUAAGACCUCUAAAAACCUCAGAAACCCUGAUUGCAACUUGAUUCCAUUUUUCAGUCCUUUAGCAAAUACCCAACCCAAAAUGGGGCACUGAAUGGUUUUUAAGUUCAAAUCAGUAGACUGAAAUCUCACAGAAGACUCAGACAUCUUACAUUCUCCUUUAGGUAUGGACAGUCCUGGAGGUAAGAUUUAAGGCAAACAGAAAAGUUGGCUUAGUCCCCAAAAAGCGUGAAACAUUAUAUCCUUAAAAAAAAGCCACUUUGAGUAAUUCCAUGGGCACUGUCCCGGUAAAACAAUUUUAUCAACCUUUCCAGUUCAGUUCACAUUAUGGGAUUCAAUCAUUCCACUCCUCAGAGCUUUUUGCAUGUUUUUAUGUGACUUCGACAUUUCGGACACUUGUGAACGACGUCUUUGCAUCCAUCCACGCAGAACGGGAUGGCACAGCAGCCAGCUAUACAAC